GCGCGCGGCGAGCGGGGACCGGGAGCGGGGCCGGCACCGGGACGGGAGGGGCGGGGGCGGCCGGGAGCGGCCCCGGGGCUGGCGGCGGCGGCGGCGGCGGCGGAGCUCCCGUGCCCUGCUGCCCUGGCCGCACUAUGACUCUGGAGGAGCUGCCUGGCGAGCACCGCACGGCCGGCAGGAUGGAGCAGGCGGGGGACGCGCUGGAGGAGGUGCUGAGCAAGGCGCUGAGCCAGCGGAGCCUCACCCUGGGCGUCUACGAGGCGGCUAAGCUGCUCAACGUGGACCCGGACAACGUGGUGCUGUGCCUGCUGGCGGCGGACGAGGAAGAAGCCGGCGACGCGGCGCUGCAGAUCCACUUCACCCUGAUCCAGGCUUUCUGCUGCGAGAACGACAUCAACAUCCUGCGGGUCAGCAACCCGGCCCGCCUGGCUCAGCUCCUGCUGCCCCACACCGGCGCCGAGCCCCCCACCGACCUCCACUGCGUCCUGGUCACGAACCCCCACGCGUCCCAGUGGAAGGACCCGGCGCUGAGUCAGCUCAUGUGCUUCUGCCGGGAGCGGCGCUACGCCGACCAGUGGGUGCCGGUCAUCAACCUCCCCGAGCGGUGACGGCGCCGCGCCGGGGUCGGCGGGAUGCUUUCCGUGCUUUCGCACUUAGCUCAGGAAGGAAAACUCCCCC